AUCUCAGAGUCAUGACGGUUAUGGCUUCCGCGUAAGUUGAUGUAGCACAGAGCUAUGGAAUGCCACGAUGCGCAGGAUGAGACUCUCACGGAGUCUGUGAAGCGCCUCAAGGCUGUUUUGGACAACAGCUUGGGAAGCAAAGAGGAGGUUCUGAAGGCUUUGGACCAACUGCAAGCGCUGGGAAACCUGCCAACACGAAUCCUCAGCGAGACCUUGGUGGGGAAGAGCCUGCACGGCCUGGCCAAAGCGGCCGCCGACCCUGAAGUGAAGAACAAAGCGAAGGGCCUGGAGCUGGCCUGGAGGCAAGCUUUCAAGAAGCGCAAGGCCUCUGGAGACGACUUGCAGCUGAAGCGCUCCAACUCGACGGACGAGAUCUUUCCGGAGCCGGGACCGGGAGGUGCAGGUGUGGGAGGCCAGUCCCUCUCCCAGGAUUUCGACGAAGAGGCUCGACUGGACAGAGCUAGCUCCAGCAUGUCGCUUGCCUCUCAGGGGGAUGGAAAGAACGAUGAAUCGUACAGAGAGAAGGUGCGCUUGAAGUUGGUGGAAGCUCUUGGGAAGGAGGAAGGGGAAAUUGAGGCAAAAGGUGGCGAAACCCAGCAGAGCAUGCGGGAUCCGGUACGCCUUGCGGAAGACAUCGAAGAGGAAUUAAACAAGGCCUUGCCGAAGAAGGAGGCAUAUAUGCAUCAGGCUCGGUCGAUCUUAUUUAAUCUGAAAGACUCGAGAAAUUCAACGUUCAGGUUCAAGGUGAUGGUUGGUUUCUUUUCGCCGAACCAGCUGCCGUCCUUGACCGCAGAAGAUAUGGCAAGCGACGAGAAGAACGACGAGAGGCGAAAGCACAGGCAGUAUGCCAUGGAAGCUUUGGAUCAGGGCUGGGCCUUGAAGAAUGGGCAGCAGCUCACCACUGGAAUGUUCACUUGUGGCAAAUGCAAGGGCAACAAGACCACGUAUUUCCAGAUGCAGACACGGUCCUCAGACGAGCCAAUGACCACCUUUGUCACCUGCCUAACUUGCAGCAACCGGUGGAAGUUCUGCUGAGUGGCUUCCUCUUGCGCUUGUACAUAUGC